AUGCAAACCAGAACACUCGUGGCCAUAGGUGGUCUCGGGGCCCUCGCCGCCGUCGGCAUGACGCAGUUGUCCCUCCAGUCCCAGGACCGCCAGUACAAGAAGACGCUACAGUACAUGCACGACGGACGGGAACGGUUCCAAGAGAAGAUGAACCAGAUGAGCGGUGCUGGUGCAGCGAGUGGUGAGAAGAAGUAG